AUGGCUCCCCGAGAGAAAGUUGAAUUCGUACUAGUUCGCCUGGCCUUUGUUCCUUACAUAAAUCCUAUGUACCCGCGCAUCAGCUACCAGAUCAGGAAACAUCCUCCCACUGGAUCGAUCAUCCAGGUGCGCGAUUGGUUCGAUCACGUGAUGAUGAGGGAGCGCUCCAAGCUGCCCCCAGAUGUCAACAUACGCUACGCGGAGUGGCGCAUUAUCACCGGCGACAUGGAGCUGUUCCAGGUGCAGGGCUUCCGCUUCGACAAGAUCAUGCUGGUGCUGGGCGAGGAAAACAUCUCGUGGGUGUUCUAUCAGAACACGCCGCUGUACCGCCGCAUCGAGGGCAGCGCCUGCUUCCCCGUAAGCUACUGCGGAUGCUGCCUAAACAACCAGUACCUGGACAUUAUGGCCAAAAUCAAGCAGACUGUGUCGAGGAAGAAGAUACGAUGA